CUGGUUUACUAAAUGGAUUAAUGGUGCUGUGGAUCUGAGAACAGACUCAGACUACAGAGGUCGUGUUGGAGUAUAAUUGUCGUACAUGGAACAGGUGCACUCUGAGAAUCAGAGACCUGAGAGAGAGCGACUCAGCUGAGUACAUGUUCAGAUUCAUAACAAACCAAGGUGGGAAAUAUAAAGGUGAACCUGGAGUCACUUUGUCUGUCACAGACCUCCAGGUGCUGGUGGAAAGAUCAUCAACCCAGACAGAGCUGAAGUGUCACAGCAGUUUUAAAGUAGCUGAUCGUCCUUCAUAUGUCUGGUACAGGAACCAACAGAAAAUGAAGGAGGAAACAUUUUCCCUUAGAGUCUCUGUUAAUGAUGACAACAGCUAUUCCUGUGCUCUUAAAGGAUGUGAGGAUCACCCCUCCCCUCCAGUGUAUGCUCCAAAGCUUCUCUCUGUGUCAGUGAGUCCCUCUGGUGAGAUAGUGGAGGGCAGUUCAGUGACUCUGACCUGUAGCAGUGAUGCUAACCCAGCAGCUAAUUACACCUGGUACAAGGAGAAUGACCGUAAACUUCCCAGUCAACAACCACAGCUCUUCUUCAGGUCCAUCCAGCCCUCUGAGUCUGGAGAGUAUUACUGUACAGCUGAGAAUGAGUUGGGGAGGAGGACGUCUGAUCACAAAUUUAUUGAUGUGGAAUAUGCUCCAAAGCUUCUCUCUGUGUCAGUGAGUCCCUCUGGUGAGAUAGUGGAGGGCAGUUCAGUGAAUCUGACCUGUAGCAGUGAUGCUAACCCAGCAGCUAAUUACACCUGGUACAAGGAGAAUGAAGACUCACCAAAAGCUUCAGGACAGAUCUUCACCAUCACUGACCUCAGACCUGAACACAGUGGGAAUUAUUACUGUGAAGCCCAGAACACAAGAGGACGUCGUAACUCCACCUUAAAUCUGACUGUUGUAGCAGGAGCAUGGAAGUUAAGAACUGUUGCUAUAUUCUCUGCCAUUGUCCUGGCUGUCAUACUCGUCUGUGUCUUCCUCUGGAUCAUAAAAAAGAGGGUCUUCAAGCAGGAGUCUGAGCCUGAAGAGAGACCAGACGCCAGGCAACAGGUGGAACCAGCAGAGCAGCAGGCUAACCUUCACUAUGCCAGCGUCCACUUUUCCAAAGACGACCCUGUCUACUCCAACAUCACACCGGCUCAGCCCAAAGGACAGAAGGAGGAAAAGAAGGAAGAAGAAGAAAUGGUGGAGUACACCACUGUCUCAUUUAACAGCGCCGGUACGGCCCAGAGAGCCAGAGGUCAGAAAGCUCCAGAGGAUCCAGCUGCAUUGUACAGCACAGUCAGCAAACGCCACAAAAAACAGUGAAUCUCUACUCUACUUUCCAUCCAUGGCAUUUUUUUUUUUUCAUUAUUUUUAUGAAAGAAAAUCACAAUGGGUUUUAAACCAUAUCUCAUUAAGAAUGCAACACAAAUUGCAUUUUAAUUGCUAAUUAAAUUUACAAAUUCAAGCAGAACAUACAGCAGCAGUGUUAAACCUGUUGGACUGAUCAGUUUGAAUGAAGAACCUCAACAAUGGUGAGAGAAAGCACUAAACUGCACUAGGAUGGAUUUGGACAGCACAAUAAGCAGCCAAUGGUGGGGAAUGUAUUUGCUAAUCUGGUUGUAGUUUCCUCCUUCUGCCACUAGAUGUUAGUAAAGAGACGUUUUAUACUGAUGGCAAAUCAUUGAACAACCUCCACGCACUCUUUCUGCUUCUACUUCUUCUUCUUUACUUGUUUUAUUUUCACUCAAAGAUCCAUUGUUGGUAGUUUACACACACUUUCUAAAGUAUUUCUCCUGCUGUAAUGUUGCCAAAUUGUUUAUAUUUCUACUUUUAUUCUUAGAACUGAUUAUAUGGGUCACCUGUUUUUGUUCUGUACCCGUUUGUACUGGUAACAUGAUCACAUUUGUGCUCUGCAUUGUAUUUUAUUCUCAGGAAUCCCAAUGUAUUUUUGCUCUGGUUAGAUAGAACUGGUUUACACAUUAGACUAGACAAUAAGCUACUUAACUCAGAGGAUCACAUAGUGAUUUUGAGCUCAUGGAUAUAAUUAUUCACAGAGUUCCUGCUGUCAACACAUUCAUGCACAGUGUGUUGACAGAAUUAACAACUGAAAUUCUGUGGCUGUGAGAAAAGUUACCAGUGGCUGAAGUUCCUUUUGAAGGAAGUUGAAGAUAAGCGUUUUGUCUGUCGUCAUUUUCACCACAGCAACUGGAGGAUGUACCUUUUUUUUUCUCUGCUGAAACGGAAGUGUUGAAAUUAGUAUUAACAAACUUAUCACAAAUAUGUUGUAAACUGUCUUUGUGUAAAUUUCGUACAGCAGUGUGGUAGAAUAACAACUGUGGAAUUAUCACUGUGAAGCCCAGAACAGCAGAGGGUGUCAUAACUCCACCUUAGAUCAGGCUGCUGUGCCAUUCUGUCUGAGUAUGUCUGGUAAAGUCACUUCUAUCUCCACACCCCCAGAUUUCUUUACUUUUCAAACCCAUAGUCUUCAGCCCCAACCAACGCUGGAUCAGAUGACAUCACCUGAGGCAAUUGAUCACAUUUUGUGCAGCUGCCUAUAGGGCUUUAUACAACUUUAUUAUUUACAUAUGUACUAGUUCUCACAGAUUUUGAUAAGUAAACUUGGUUGAAUUGUAACCCUGACUGUUUUUGUAAGAACAUCAUUUAAAUACUCUUGAAUCUUGAAGUGUUCUCUUGUAAUUAAAGUGACAAUUUUU